AGCAAACUCGCAAAUGUCUUGUUUAGCCGGGAGUUGGCUAAAAGAUUAAGACAUACCUACAUCAACACGUAUUCAUUACAUCCCGGUGUCAUUGACACGGAUUUGGGUAGACAUGUUGGGGAAACCGAUGAUAAACUAAAAGGAAAGGGAUUUAAGGGAUUUAUGAGAAGAAACCUAUUGUUGACACCUUUCAUGGGAUCUCAGACUACACUGUAUUGCGCUCUGGAGGAGGAUUUGGACGACGAGACCGGAUAUUACUACGACAAUUGUCAGCGAAUUGAUUAUAUGAUACCCGAAGCCAAUGACGACAAGACCGCCAAAGCUCUCUGGAAACUGAGUGAAGACUUUGUCAAACUUGAAGAUCAUCUCAGGAUUUAA